UGAUGUGAUCACUUUUGUCCACAACAGCUAACCAGUGAUGGGAACGCGUGUAUACGUCGGUCGCAUCAGUUAUGAUGUCCGCGAGAGAGACAUUGAAAAGUUCUUUAAAGGUUACGGAAGAAUACGUGAGAUCCUGAUGAAGGAUGGCUUCGCUUUUGUGGAGUUCGAUGACCACAGAGACGCCGACGACGCGGUCUAUGAGCUGAACGGCAAAGAACUGUUAGGCGAACGGUAUGUGUCGGCGAUCGGCCUUUUCUUUUGAUUAGCGGAACAUGUCUCAGUGGAGUUAGCCCGACGGUCCACCAAAAGGCCAUACUUUAGCCGCUCCUCCUUUAGCUCUUCCCGUGGCAGCGGCGGAGGCGGCGGCCGAGACCGCGGACGUCCGCGUAAUAGUUGGAUCGACAAAGUGCAUGUAGAGUUCGCUAGAGGGCCAUCCCGUGGUCGCGCCCGCUUCAGGCCGUACGGCGGAUCGUCACGCGGUGGUGGAGGUGGCGGUGAAGGCGGCCGCGGCGGAGGGUAUUAUAGUAGCAGUCGUGGCGGUGACAGACCUUCUGGCGGCGGACUUUCUUACGCUGAAAAAUAUGGGCCGCCGAGGAAUACCGAGUAUCGGGUGAUCGUCGAGAACCUGAGCUCGCGUGUCAGUUGGCAGGACCUCAAAGACUUCAUGAGACAGGCCGGCGAAGUGACGUAUGCGGACGCACACAAACGUGAACGCAAUAUGGGAAUUGUGGACUUUGCCUCCUAUACGGACAUGAAGAACGCGUUGGACAAACUCGACGGAACCGAUCUUCACGGCCGACGCAUCAAAAUGGUUGAGGACAAGACUCGGCGCCGCAGCCGCUCGAGGUCUCGGUCCCGUUCGCGCUCCCGUUCCCGAUCGCGCCGUAGCUCGAAGUCGAAGUCGCGCAGCCGUUCCCGCUCGCGGUCCCGAAGCCCCCGCUCGAAGUCAAGGUCGCGCUCGAAGUCGAGAUCUAAGUCGCCGGCAGUGAAGCGCGAGCGCAACAACAAAGAGCACAGCAAAUCCCGGAGCAGAUCCAGGAGUAAGUCGCCCAACGGUCGCCGCGCCAGUCGUUCCGUAAGCCGCGACCGUUCAAAGUCGAAGUCCCGCUCGCGAUCGCGUUCCCGCUCGCCGUCGGCCGAAAAGAAUGACCGCUCGCCCGACCGUUCCGUCGACGGCGACGCUUAAGUGAAUACCCGGGAACUGAACCGCACCCACGAGUGGGACAGUUGUGUCCGGCGUUUAGUUUCAAAUAUCGAUUUAUAAAUUAUCCAUUAAUUCACGUAAUAUUCCCGACAAAUACAACAAAAUUUCAUUCUUUGCAUCUUUUUUAGUGAAAAUGUCGACAUAAAAAGCGAGAG